GGCCCGCGCGGGGUGGGCGGGGCCUGCGGGGCGGGGCCAGCGAGGAGCGGGGCGGGGCUGGCGGCAGCGGCGCGGGCUGCGGCUCCGCAUUCGAACCUCCCUCGCAGGCGGCCUCCGCCCCACAAUGCACCGCGGCGGGCAGCCUUUGAAAAAGCGGCGCGGCUCGUUCAAGAUGGCGGAGCUCGACCAGUUGCCUGACGAGAGCUCCUCAGCAAAAGCCCUUGUCAGCUUAAAAGAGGGGAGCCUAUCUAAUACGUGGAAUGAGAAAUUCAGUGCUUUACAGAAAACUCCCGUGUGGAAAGGCCGGAGUGCAGGCCCUGCCGUAGAAAUGCCUUUCAGAAAUUCAAAGCGAAGUCGACUCUUUUCUGAUGAAGAUGAUAGACAAAUAAAUACAAAGUCUCCCAAAAGAAACCAGAGGGUUGCAAUGGUUCCACAGAAAUUUACAGCAACAAUGUCAACACCAGAUAAGAAAGCUUCACAGAAGAUUGGUUUUCGAUUACGGAACCUGUUGAAGCUUCCCAAAGCACAUAAAUGGUGCAUAUAUGAGUGGUUCUAUUCCAACAUAGACAAACCACUUUUCGAAGGUGAUAAUGACUUCUGUGUAUGUCUAAAGGAGUCUUUUCCUAAUUUGAAAACAAGAAAGUUGACAAGAGUAGAAUGGGGAAAAAUUAGGCGGCUAAUGGGAAAACCACGGAGAUGUUCUUCUGCAUUUUUUGAGGAAGAGAGAUCAGCAUUAAAACAGAAACGGCAGAAAAUAAGGCUCUUACAACAAAGGAAAGUUGCAGAUGUUUCACAGUUCAAAGAUCUCCCAGAUGAGAUUCCUCUGCCCCUGGUUAUUGGAACCAAAGUGACAGCACGAUUGCGUGGUGUUCAUGAUGGUCUGUUCACGGGACAGAUAGAUGCUGUGGAUACUCUUAAUGCUACUUACAGAGUAACCUUUGAUAGGACAGGGCUUGGGACUCAUACUAUCCCUGACUAUGAAGUUCUUAGUAAUGAGCCUCAUGAGACGAUGCCGAUUGCUGCCUUUGGACAAAAACAGCGUCCUUCUCGGUUUUUUAUGACCCCCCCGCGGUUACAUUAUGCUCCUCCUCUCCAAUCACCAAUUACGGAUAAUGACCCUUUGUUAGGACAGUCACCUUGGAGAAGUAAAAUUUCUGGCUCUGAUACUGAAACAUUAGGAGGUUUUCCGGUGGAAUUCCUUAUCCAAGUGACCAGAUUAUCAAAAAUUCUCAUGAUUAAAAAGGAACAUAUCAAGAAACUAAGGGAAAUGAACACAGAAGCAGAAAAACUGAAGUCGUACUCCAUACCCAUCAACAUUGACUUUCAGCGGAGGUAUGCCACGAUUGUGCUGGAGCUGGAGCAGCUGAACAAGGACCUGAACAAGGUUUUGCACAAGGUUCAGCAAUACUGCUACGAGCUUGCACCAGACCAGGGGCUGCAGCCUCCCGACCAGCCGACAGACAUGAGGCGCCGGUGUGAGGAGGAGGCCCAGGAAAUAGUUCGGCAGGCAAACUCCUCAUCAGGACAGCCCUGUGUGGAGAAUCAGAACCUGACGGACCUCAUCUCCAGGCUCACAGCCAUUCUGUUACAAAUCAAGUGUCUAGCAGAAGGAGGAGACCUGAAUUCUUUUGAAUUCAAAUCACUUACAGAUUCAUUAAAUGAUAUCAAGAGUACAAUAGAUGCUUCAAAUAUCAGCUGCUUUCAGAAUAACGUGGAGAUCCACGUGGCACACAUUCAGAGUGGCCUGAGCCAAAUGGGAAACUUGCACGCUUUCGCAGCCAACAACACCAACAGAGACUGA